GAGCUACUGGGUGCAAGAAACUAAUCUGCACAGUUUUAUGAAGCUUACAUCUUUAGUAACACAAACAAAUCAUCUUAGCAUCAUUAUGAUAGUAACUGUACGCUUAAAUUCCACAGGGAAAAAGUACUUUAGUGCUAGAAAGUUUUAAAGAUUUACAGCAACCAUGAUGUUAUGCUGUGUUAACCACUUAACAAUAUUCCUACCACAAAGAGCAACAGCAGGGAUUUUUUUCACUAGCAACUUUCUCUUAACAAAGAAACCUGUUCUGUAUUAAAAUGUGGUAUCUUUUAACUUUACAAGUUUGGAUUAUUCUAUGCCUAGCGAAUUCAAAAAGCCCUUCUGUGUACAAAAUGCAAUGGAUCUGAAGAUGCAAAGAAAAAAAAAAUAGGCCAAUGUUACCUUGGCAAUACCCUUCUCUGUCACUACUGAAUGAGUUUCAUUCCUUCCUGUUAGGCAAGUCUACGCCUAAGCCCUUUAAUAAUGCAUGCCUGGUAUACAUCUUCAUUUGGAAAGUUUUCUCUCCAUACUGUAGAGAGCUACAUGUAUUUAGAGGGUGUAAUAGCAGGUGAAAAAAUCUGGCAUCUACACGUACCUUGUCCUAAAGCUGAACUGACCCAUAUAUUGGUGUUUCCAGAUAAAUUCAGAUGGAAAAAAGACUACAUAUGCAUGGUACAUGAUGGGACUCUAAAUCACAAAAAGUAGCAGUUUAUUGGAGGUACACUGUUCAGUCAUUGCAUGAACUCCUUGAAACCAUGACUGGAAGGCAGCUGUUAAGAAACCACAGGGAUCCUACCCCAAAAUCAACGAAACCCUGCAUGGUUUUCAAUGCCAAAAUCAACAUUUUGAGGAGAUAAGAAGGAAGUUCAACAAGAAAGAAAUCUGCAAGAGUUUAUGAAUUCCUGAUUUACACAUGGUUCAACGAAAAUGGAUGGCAUGGGCUUUAACUCCAGUGAGUCAUCAGACAACACUUCCGCAGAAGACGCCCUGACAGAGCGCAGGGAAGACGCUGAAAUUAGCAUCACCGCCCUGUUCCUUGUGUUCAUAAUAGGGUUAGCUGUAACUGGCAACAUUAUGGUCAUCCGCGCUAUUCAGUUAUGUCCUAUGCUCCGCGACGAUCGGUCAAACUUAUUCAUCAUUAAUCUGGCCAUAACUGACCUGUCCAGUGCUAUUAUUGUUAUGUCCAGCUCUUUUGUUAGCCUUGUGGCAGAUAAGUGGCCCUUCCCGCAGAUUGUGUGUGACUUUGUUUGUGCCGCCAACUAUUGUUUCAUAAUCGUCUCUAUGCUGACUUUAAGUUUCAUCAGCAUAGAUCGUUAUCAGGCUGUGAUAAAUCCUCUACUUUAUAUCCAACGAAUGACACGUCCGAAGAUCUUUGCGAUGAUCAGCUACAGUUGGUUGCAGGGUGUAGCCUUUGCCUGCAUUCCAGUUGCUUUCCGCUGGGUAAGCUAUGACUACUGGGAAGUGAUCUGUGCUAUAGAGUGGCACACUGACCCUCAAGCUCUCUACUACGUCAUUUUGGCGUUUUUAAUGUGCUUUUUAAUCCCAGGGAUCAUCCUGGCAGUGUGUUACUUCUGCGUGUUAAGAGAAGCCCGCCACUGCAGAAUUGGCUGUGUGAAAAUGAACACCAGCAACAGUAGACUUGAAAAUGGAGGCCAACGAACAAAAAAUGUCAACAGCAAUUCGAAAACAAUCCGUAGCCUAAUAUUUGUGGUUCUGGCUUAUUUCAUUUGUUUGACACCUUUCUGUGUGACUAAACUAAUAAAGGUGAUAUCGGCGCAGCCCAACUUUCUGCCAGGUUACAUCAACCUCCUGUCCUCAUGGUUCGGAUACUUAUCCAGUGCGAUAAAUCCACUCAUAUAUGGGAUUUUCCGUAGAGACUUCCGCAGGGUAUACUUAAGAAUUAUCCACAAGUUACCGUUCUUCUCGAGUUCACCACGAGGUGAUGACACAGCAAAUUCUACAUUUGGCACUGAGGCGCAGAGGACUUCAUAGAGAUCAACACAAUGUUACAAACACAAAUUGCCCAAGAGAAAUUUUGCCAAUGUCAGUAAAUAAGGCAUUAAAAAUAAUCUGUUUUCCAUCUUACAGGGUCACAAGUGCCUGACAGUAAGUUUUAGUUUAUAUAUUGACUGAUGUAUACCUUACCUGUGAUACUUGUUGUAAUAUUUAUGUUGUACAGGUUUCUUUAACCUACUAUCAUUAACCUACUAUUACAUUUUGUCUAAAUUUCUUAUUAAAAUACCUUAAGGCCUUGAUGUGCUUCUUGACAUACAUUUCAUGCAAUCAAAAUAACCUAAAAUUUUGUCCACAAAAAAGUCACUCAUUCUGCCUGAUUUUCUGAGUUUGAAUGACUUUAGAAAGAAACGUUGUGGUUUGUUUGAUUUAUUUAUUUAAUCAAUUUGAUUGCUAUUUCAUGCUCUAUUGUAAAAUGUUUCAUCAAUAUGACAGCUGCCAGAAAUAUGGCAGGAGCAAGCUGGGCAGAACCCAAGGGGAAAAUUUUUUUGAAAGACAAAAUAUGAUAGCUUACUAGAAAAUGUACGUUUCAGCACAAAUACUAAUAUUUCAAGGCAUUUAUUUGCUUCCAAAAAUGAACUUUUUGCAGCAAUUUUUUUUGGUAAUAUUUCUACUCCUGUGUAAUGGAGGAUUAAUCAAAUUCUUUAUGGAACUCUUUCUCCUAACUAUGUCAGUAUUUUGAUAACAUUAAUACAUGCUUGAAUUUGGUGCUACUAGAUUUACUGUAUCCAAAGAUUUUAUCCUCAUGAUGUAUGAGUUAAGUGUUGAUAUUUAUUUACGAAAAUCAGAGAGAGCUAACUUUUUAUGUGCCUGUACAUAUAUUUGUAAUAUUAAAAAAUUCUAAC